GGUUGGCCAGGGCUAAUGAAUUAAAAGCCUUGAACUCUUCUGCUCUGUCACUUUUUUUUUUUCUUAAGCCUCUGUGGGGAGAAUGAUCCCUGGAGCAUAGCACGCCAUUAAAUGCUCAGCGUGAGGGAGGAAAAGGCAGAAGAAGCAGCCAGGAGGCAAAGCAGAGAGAGAGAAGUCCCUUGGGGGAAACAAACCUUAUUCCAAUUGCAGGUAGCCCUAUGCCUGUCCGACAGCUGUCCGAGUCUCUCAGCCGGGCCUGUCAGUGGACUGCUAUGUAGCAGGUGCUCCUUUUGCUUCUAUUCCCUCUUUCCUUCAUAAAUCCAAAGAGCAGCCAAGGCAGCGGCUGUGACCCAGGAUUAACCAAGGGCACCGCACACUCGGCCGAGUGAGAUUUGACCGCCGUGAAUAUCUGUCCAACGCCCGUGGUCUAUUUCAGAAACUUCUUAGCCACACCCAUAACCCACCAAGCCCUGCCCACUGUCCGGUUCCCAAGCCAGGACUGUCAUUUGAAAUCUCAAGACCAUCGGGAGCUAUACAGCAUUUAGGAUAGAGAAAGACAAAUUCGGCGGCCACAUGAUCACCACAGCAAGGAUACCUGCUGAUAAACCUGUACGAAUCUCCUUCAGUCUUAAUGACGCCACAGAUGCAUCAUCGUCAGAGAAUAGCUUCCCUUUGGCUUUUCCAGAUCUAGAUCAGCAGCUUCAGCCCCUUCCACCAUGUAAUUCUUCAAAAGAAUCCCUACAGGUGUUCAAACAGCACUGCAAAAUAGCGGAGGAAUAUCAUGAAGUGAAGAAGGAAAUUGCAGCUCUGGAGGAGAGAAAAAGAGAACUGAUUGCAAGACUGGAUCAAGUAGAAAAGGAGAAUGUGGAUGCCGUGCACUUAGCUCAGGAAUACGAGGACCUCUCUAAGGAGAACCAGAGCCUUAACUUAGCUCAUGCCCGAUGCAAAGAGCAACUGGAGAAACUGAGAAUACUGUAUCAGAAGAGGCAGGGCUCUUCCUAACCGGGCUGGGAUGGUAAAUAAAAUGCUCUGAUGAAAUGAAAGUCAUACUGACACAUAGGAACCCCUGGUGGAUCCCAAAGACCCUCAUGGACUCAAUGGGGACACUGUUACUUCUUUGCUCCAUUUCUUCUAUUCUGUAUCUGCCUAUAUGAAAGCAAACGUUGGCUUUGUUGCCGUGGGUAACUAGUCUGGGUGCAAAUGGUUGACCUUAUACUACAUCUGCUCGGCUUAAGGUUGCCGCACUCUUGGCACCGGGCAAUAUUGAGCUGUAGUUAGAGAUUUGAGGUGACUCCCACAAAGAGACACCAAGGCUACAGCCUGAUGCUGCCCUUGGCCGUUCAUUUCUUGUAACUGCUGUAUCUCCUAAACGAACCAUUAGGGAAAAGAACCCCCCCCCCCCACAACCA